GUGAUUUGGCAUCAGGAAACGAACCGUCAAAUAAUGAUGUGUAUCCCGUGUUUGUUUACGAAAUUUGGGAUUAAUAAAUAGGCCGGCAUAUUAAUUAAACGUGAGAAAUGGCUUCGUCUCAGUCAUCUGUGAUUCAGUUCAGUGACACUCCUGAUGCUCAGUCAGAAUUGCAGUUCCAAGAUUUAACUUUAGCAGGAAACAGUCCUGGUGGCAGUCCUUCAAAUUUGGGUGGAGGCUAUACUAGUUUUACUCCUAGUCCAGAUCAAGAUGCUGAAACUGAUGAUCUUUUAGGUACAGAAAAGAAAGAUGGGUCAUCAUUUUGGAAGUUUUCUUAUUACCAGAGUUUCUUUGAUGUUGACACAGACCAAGUUGUCCAGAGGGUGUUAUGGUCAAUGGUUCCAUUACCUGGACGAGCAACAUACCUUGAUCGACAAAUAAGACCUAAACCUGAUUUAUAUGGUAUAGCUAAAAAUCAUUGCUGUAUUUUAGUUAUUCUGAAACUGUGUAAAAGAUAGUUGAAAAAAAAUGCA